GCAGUAAACAUGGCGGCGGGCUAGCGGAGUCUCUGCGUGAAUUCAGUCGUGAAAUCUUCGGAUUUCUCCUUCAAAGCGGAAACGAAACGUUUUUAUCGUAUUUGGGACACGCAGAGGUGCGCGUGCAGGGCGUCGGGCUCUGCGGGUUUUUCUUGAAUUAAAGGGUGAAGGAGACGCUCAGGCACAAUGGGGCGACGUUCAACCUCCUCCACCAAGAGUGGGAAGUUUAUGAACCCCACCGACCAGGCCAGAAAGGAGGCCAGAAAAAGGGAGCUGAAAAAGAACAAGAAGCAGAGAAUGAUGGUGAGAGCGGCGGUGCUGAAGAUGAAGGACCCGAGACAGAUCAUCAGAGACAUGGAGAAGCUGGAUGAGAUGGAGUUCAACCCCGUUCAGCAGCCUUUGCUGAACGAGAAAGUGCUGAGGGACAAGAGGAAGAAGCUGCGAGAGACGUUCGAGCGAAUCGUCCGUCUGUACGAGAGAGAAAAUCCCGACACCUACAAGGAGCUGCGCAAACUGGAGCUGGACUACGAGACCAAACGAGGGCAGCUGGCUCUCUACUUUGACUCAGUCAAG